AUGCCUGCAGAAAUAUCACUAACAGAGCUAAAAGAAUAUGAAGGAAUAACACCACCCUACACUAUAAGGCCAAAGAUUGUACACUUACAAUAUGAUUCAAAACAGAAAGAUCAAUUCGUUAUCUUUGACAUAGAAACGACUUGCACAGGGAAGCUAGCUGAGAUGUGCCAACUGUCAGCUGUAAGUGGAAAUGGGAAACAUGAAUUCUCCACUUACAUUCUCCCAAAAAGCUACAUAAGUUACAGUGCCUACCUUGUCAAUGGUAUGGCCAUCAAGACCAUAAAAGGAGUAAGAACAUUGUGCCAAGGAAACAUUCCUGUCGAAAGUAUAACCAUAGAGGAAGCACUUUGUGACUUCCUGACCUUUAUAACUAAAGUCAAGUCUUCUGAGCGACAUGAAAAUCAAAUAACUGUUUUAAUUGGUCAUAAUUCUGCAACGUUCGAUGUCCCUAUUCUCCUAAGAAAUAGUGAUUAAAACUUCAAGGAUGGCAUUACUGACAUGCGUGUCUACUUUGCGGAUAGUCUACAUCUGAUGAAAAAACUAAUUAAAUACAAACACAAAGCACUUGAGCUCGAUUCUGGUGGAUACUGCAAACCAAACCAAAGCAUCAUUUGUAACCAUUUGUUCAAGGAACAAUUUGACGCCCAUGAUGCUUUAGAAGAUGUCAGAAGGCUGAGAAAAAUUCUUUUUGAAUCGUCAUUAAGCCUCUCCAGGAAAAACAUCGUUGAGAAUUCCAGUGUCAUCAGUGCUCCCCACGCAGUGGCAAACAUGCUCUACCUAGAUCAACGCCACGAACUUCUUCUAACAUUCAGUGACAACUUGUUCAACGUAAUCGACACCGGACCAAUUAAAAGAUCAAUGGCACAAAACAUCGCCGACAGCGGUCUCUCUUACGAUGACCUUCACAAACUGUACACAAGGUUUGGUAAAAGAGGACUAAUCCACCAACAACUUCAUUGGCGAAGACACCACGAGUCACACGGACAAAGAGCAUAUUGGCCGUCAUAGUUAUACACUUCGAAGAAACCAGCAACGAAGAAUAAGGAGAGAUGCCCGAAAAAAUCUCAGGCAUAACGUUUUACCUAUUAGACCUCUAAACAAACAUUCCGAUCGAAGCGCCAACCAACACGUGUUUUCCACGGAAUUUAGUCCAUUUCAAACUUUCGCUUGUUGUUUUUCAAUAAAAAUAUGGCUAAUAUAAUCAGAAGCUGGAAGUAAAUCUUUCAAGAUGAGCCCGGAAGGCUGUCUUUAACAGCUUCUGAAUAGCCUGCAGUGCAGGCGUCUUGUUAGUGCGAGCUAACGCUUAAAUCUCGCAAUCGUCUGUUCAACCGACCAUUUUUUAUUUGCAAUUAGAGUGGACGAUGGGGGUAGGGGGCGGGCAAUGGGAGAAAAGACGGAGAAAUCUUCAAUCCCCUACCCCCCAUCCCUCUCCUUAUUUUUGACCGUCGACCGCCCCCUUGGUAUAAAUUUUUACUCUCCCCAGUCUUUCGCUGCCAUUAAAAUCAAAGAUGGCGGCCAUAGUAUUUGUUAUGAAAUUACUUAGCACUCGCUAGCCAAAAUUACGCCUGCUCUGCAGGCUAGCUUAUGAAUAACUUUCUGAGUAGUAAACAUUUAUGAACGUUUGUGAUUGGAUGCAGUUGGAGCUCGCACGAGCACACGCAAUUGUCAGCGGUAGCCGUAACAGAUCAUGAGCAACUGUCGAUCUUAUAGAAUCCGGAUUUUUAAAUGCACGAGAACGUGCGUGGGAAUUGCUAAACUCACGAAAGCUUUGGCAUGGAAAAAAAGUCCGGUGACCCCUUCUUUUUAAUGUUCCAAUAUAAUAAUGACGUUGGAAGGAAUCGUCAGAAAAAAAACUACGAAAUUCUACGGAAGGACAUUUGUGAUGCGUGAUUAUGUUUUUUUAAGGCAGUUCUGCUUUUGCGCACCAUGCUUAACCGUUGGUGCGGUUCCCCUGUUGCAGCUAUCAAGAAACAGAGAAUCGGCAAACGUCAAGGUACUUUAUUUUGUCGGAAGUGAUCAAAGGUGUGGGACUAAAUUUUCUGCCUGCAGUGCUUACUGGUGACAAAAAAAAUGAAAAAACAAUUCUUCCUGGCCAUUCGUCAGGUGCUUUCUUUAAAAAAAAUAAUGUAAGACUAAGAACUGAGUCGAUUCUCCAGUGUGUGUUCUUGAGAUUUUCGACUUGUUGCUUCCGUGUAGGGGACUCACAACAAUAACUCAGUGGGGCGAUGCAAUUUUAUCACUUUCUGAAUCAUGCCUCUUGUCUCGGCCUUCCCGAUUAUGCUACUAAAACUGGCAUUUUAUGCUCCUAGAAAUUCCGCUUUACGCCAAGAAAAAUGCUCAAAUUAUGCUCGAUUCUCAAAAUAAUACUACUUUGGUUUCAGAAAAUGCUUUGUUUAAUUUCAAGCAAAACGUAGAAUCUCAGGCAUCAUGUGUGUAUCAGCAACUGAAUUAAGUGAAAAGUGUUCAAUUGUUUUUUUCUAAAACUUCUAAUACAGUCAAAACUUGUCCAAUGAUAAACAGUUAAUUAAUGUUCGAAGUUCUUAGCACUUGUUGUACUGUGACAUGACGCUGGCUUGGAGGUAGUCAACAAGAGCACAAUUCUGUUGCUCGUUGAAGAACGCCUUCAGUAUUAAAAAUACUCUUUCUGACGUAGCAGACGAUGGUUGGACAAGGAUAACUUGCUUCACUGCGGAAGCCCAACGAGGAAGUUGCUCCUCGUGCCCACACCACCAUUCGACUUUCUUCUCUUCAGUCGGGAUAACAACAUCUUCAGCAGCAGCCAAAUUGGCAGGAAGCUCGGCUUUGAGACCGUCGAUGGUAGUAUCACUAUCCAGGAAAAGAAAUGCUCUCAGAGACUCUACUAAUGCACUUGGCUUGAGACGCUGGGUCCUAACGGGGCAGAAUAGUCUGGCAGCCUUGAAUGCUACCACUACAUCAUAAAGAUCGACUUUGAACUUUAUCAGAAACCACGUCAUUACCGGCUCAGCACAAGCCUUCGCACUCCGUUCAAGUGCUGUUACGUUCUGACAGGGGUCUUCCUCUGCAAUUGCAGUUGCAAUUGCAGUUGCAAUUGCACGGACGUUAGGGAAACAAGGAGCUUGACAGAAUUGGGAAACAGCGCUUAGUUUCUCAUAACAAGUAAAAACCAAAGGACCAUCCCCUUCCAAAAAAUACGUGGCUUUCACAAAAUGUUCGCCAACAUCAAUAAUAGCGGCAAGCUCAAGCUUCAAGUUCGUUGGUCGCUGUGGGCCAGAAAGUAUUGCUUGAAGUUGUGGCAGUAACUGUAGGCAAACUUUUGCGUCCUUUGCCUCUUCCGAACCUUGCGACAUCUCCAAACUGCACCAUCAACUGAUGAUACACCUCCCAUUUGGGCCACCAUCUAGUCUCGCUGUAUGAUCUUGGUGUUUGACCUGUUAAAUGCUUCCAUAACAGCUUGGCUUUACAACUAUGGCGAAACAUUCUAAUCCAAAGGCUUCCGAACUCUGCCAGUGAUGGGAUCACUAAAUGGUUUCCCACGUUAUUAAGUGUAUGAGAGAAGCACACGACAUUCGGCAUCUUAGGGAAUAUAAAUGCUAUUCUGUCCAGUGCUGCUUGGUUAACGCUUGCACCGUCUCUCAUGGCUGCGAGCAAGGAAUUUGCUCUGACCCCAUAAUCAACAGACAGUCACUGAUUAAGAACUUGUGUUAGUUCGUUGGCAUUAACUGACUUAGAGCAAACAUCAAUUCUCACAAGCCGUUGGAUAAUGUUCCAGUUAUUGUCCACUAAACGAACUGGAUUUUCAGAACACUUUUCUUGGAGGAAAUGAUUUCUCUACAUCCACAGCAAAACAGCUUUCUUUCUCUGACAAUCAAAUUCUCGCCUGGGAACUGCUUAACUCGCUCAUAUAACGGGACUUUCGUUAUAUCACUGUUUCCUCUCCGCUUGUAAUUUCCACUGGUUGAUUCUAAAGAUCGAUCUCGAGCUAUCGUUGAAGGGACUGGUAUAUGUUCCCCUUCAGAAUUUCCUUCUAUGAGCUGCAAGUAUCGAGAAGAUGGCGUGACGUCGGCCAGUGCCACGCCAUCUUGUUUGUACAUGCGCGUGAACGGCCUCUGAAAGUUAACCGCUGACCAGCUGCACUCAGUUCAUACAGUUAGAGGAAUCUUUUUUUUAAACACAAAAGCAAAUCAUCACAACGCUUUUGAAUUCUAAAAUUUAGCAUUUAAACUCUUUUGAGUGCUGAAAUCUAGAUAAAAGUUAUGCAAAAUGCUAAAUAAUUCUCGCAAUUCUUUUUACAGAAAGUGUGAAAAAAAUGCUCUUUGAACCACAUCAUGAAUGCCAAAAAAAAUGCUAGCAUAAUCGGGAAGGGCCUACUCUUGUCUAAUCCUGUCGGGAAAAAGACUAAAACAUCUUCCUCUAAGCAAGUGAUUCUUCAGAUGCAUUCCAUCUGCUUUUCCUUUUAGGAUAUGACAUCAGUAAAAGUUUGAAGAGAUGA